AUGGAUUGGAAGUUGUACGCUCUCGGUCUUAUGCUAAUUAUCAGCUGGGCUGCUCAAGGAGUCGGAUUAUUCACACCACAUUGGAUGACAAAUGAUGGAGAGUCAAGGGGGAUUCUUCCAUGGCAUUCGGGUGACACCGGAUGGAUUAAAGCUGCAACUGUUGAGCUUUACAUAGCAUUUUUGGCAUUUAUACCCGCGAUUGGCUGUUAUAUGAUUGCUGUAAGAGAAGACUUCAAAACUGGAUACACGAUUCGGGCUUGCAAAUAUCUCCUUAUUCUUGCUCUCAUGGUAUUUAUAUCUGCAUUGUUCACUUCAGGAGCAGUCACUUUAAUCAGAACGGAUUUCAGUGUUCGGGAGAGGAAAUACGAGAUUGGCUAUUUGCCAGGGUUCUGUUUAGGAUCUGCAAUACUCUCUUUAAUCGUUUGGAUGAUUUCAAUGUAUUUGGGAAAAGGUUUUCGCUGUUGCAAUCAGACACCACCUAUAGAUGCUUAA